UUCCUGUGGGGCUGCUAUGGGGUAGGGCGUAGCGAAGGCGCCGCGUAGGCCCCAGGCGCCCGGGGUUGUUUGCCGGGACACGCCCCGUGACUCCGCUUCCUGUUCGGGCGCUCGCAGGAUGGCGGCGGCGGCGGCGGUUCGGGGCCGGCGGUUCAAGUGGUCGCUGGAGCUGGCGGCGGCGCCGGGGGGGCGGCCCCGCGGAGCCGCCGAGGGCCGCGGGCCGCUGGGGUUCGCCGAGCGGCAGCUGGGGGAGGGCGGCGUCCACGAGAGCGACAAAAUCCUCAUGGAGAAGCGUUGCUGGGACGUGGCACUGGCGCCGCUGAAGCAGAUCCCCAUGAACUUGUUCAUCAUGUACAUGGCCGGCAACACCAUCUCCAUCUUCCCUGCAAUGAUGGUGUGCAUGAUGGGCUGGCGGCCGCUGCAGGCCCUCAUGUCCCUCUCUGCCACACUGAAGGCCCUGGAAAGCUCAAGCCGGCGGGCCCUCCAGGGGCUGGUGUUCCUGGUGGGCAACGGGCUGGGGCUGGCCCUGGCCCUCUACAAGUGCCAGGCCAUGGGGCUGCUGCCCACCCGCCCUUCCGACUGGUUGGCCUUCGUCGCCCCACCACAGCGGAUGGAGUUCACUGGGGGGGGCCUGAUCCUGUGACCCAACUCGCCUGUCCACCAGUAAAGGCAGAGGCAAGGCUGGUGAAGUUACUCUGGGGAAAAAUUCAGAGGGUUUGGAGGUUCAGCCUUAGGAGGCACCAGGAUGGGUUGAAGCGAAAACCGUUUAUUGGUGGUAUGUGCUGAGAGCGCUGGGGCCUGUACUGGUAGUGCCAGGGCCCAUACUGGGGACACUGGGAGUGCACUGCAGGAGUGUUGAAGCCUGUACUGAGAGUGCCCUGAGAGCCUUGGGGCCUGUACUGGGAGUGCACUGGAGCAGCAGUCAGAGCCUUGGGGCCCAUACUGGGAGCCUUAGGGCCCUUACUGGGAGCACUGGGGGAACCUUGGGGAUCACACUGGGAAUGCACUGGAGCUGCACUUGGAGCCUCAGGGCCCAUACUGAGUGCAUACUGGGCCUUAGGUUGCAUACUGGCAACGCUGGGAUUGGGGCCCAUACUGGGAUCAUCCUUGGAGAGGUGCAGCCCAGGCUGGUACUGUACUGGGAAUACUGAGUCCAUACUAGGAUCUUAGUUUAAGUGUAGCUCACAUUGCCGUCAUACUGGGAGCGCUGCGUCCACACUGGUAGUGUUGGGGCCAUACUGGGAUCCUACUUGAAGAGUUACGACCCAGACUGGCAUUUGAUCGCAUUUGCUUGCCCUGUUUUGGCCUAUUCUCCCAGUUCUUGCCCCAACCCCCGUAACUGGCUGGUUUUGCCCCUUGUUGCCUUGGGUUUGCCUUUUUUUUUUCCCCCGGUUUUGACCUGUUCUGCCUUGUUUGUGCCCGGGUUUGUCCCUCCCGUUUCCCCUGUUUUCCCUGUUUCUCCAUUUCUUCUCUGUUUUCCAUUAUUUCCCUCACUUUCUCCAAGUUUCUUCUGGUUUUUUCCUGGGUUUACUCCUUUGCCACCAUUUCCUUCCUUUCCCCCCAUUCCCAAGCCAUUUCCCCACAUUUUUCCUGUUUUCCCACAAUUUCUCUCGGUUUUCUAUGUUCCUGUUUUCCCCUGGGGUAUUCCUGUUUCUGCCCCAUUUUACCCUGUUUUCCCCCAUUUCCUUUGGUUUUGCCCUGGUUUUCUCCCUACUGUUUGCCCAUUUGUGCACCAGUGUUUCACUGUGUUUCCCUUUUCUCUUGUUUUUUUCCCCACAUUUUUCCCCAUUUUCACUCAUUUUUGCCCCAUUUCUUUCCCCAUUCCCCCCAUUUUCACUCGGCUCCUCCCCCCCUUUUUCCCAUUUACCCAUGUCUUCCAUUUUCUGUCAUUUUUCCCCAGUUUCCCCAUCUUGCCCCAGUUUCUUCCUCCAUCCUGUCGUUUUCCCAGUUACUCCCUUAUUCCCAUUUGUCUCCGUAUUCUCCCCUAUCUCCCCCUUUUAUCUCUUUUUUUUUUUCUUUCCUUACUUUCUCCCUGCUUUUUGCCCUGCUUUAUCCCCCAUUCCCCCCUUUUUUUCCCGUUCCUGCCAUUUCUUUUAUUCUGGCCACCAGCAGCACCAGCCAAUCCCACUCACUCAUUCAGUCACUCUGUCACAUGUGCAUAUGUGGCACACAUUCCACCUCCCCAGUGUCCACCAGUAAGCAUUGGUAUGCACCAGUGCCCACUUGUGUCCCCCCCCAACAUUCCCCCCCAUCUCCCAGUAUGGCCCAGAGCUCCCCCUGCCUCCCAGCGCAGCCCACAGCCCCAGAACCCUCCUCCCCAGUAUGCCCCCAUGCCUCCCAGCACCUUCCAGUAUGGCCCAAGACUCUCCCAGUAUGGCCCAGAGCCUCCUCAUGCCCCCCAGCAUAGCCCAGAGCCCUAGAUCCAUGCCUCCCAGAAUGGACCACUGCUUCCCAGUGAGUCCCAGUAUGGUCCAGCUCCAUGCCGUGUGGCCCAGCACCUUCCCCGUAGAGCCCAAAGUCUCCUACUGACUCCCAGUACAGCCCAGACAGCUAGAAGAGCACUCGGCUCGCCGGGUGGUCCUACACGAAAGUGCGCAGCUGGGUUACCAUAACUACACGGGGUACAGAUGGCGAAAGCGUGGUGAGCUUUGCCAAGUUCGACUUCCUCCAGUGCCAGUCCUGGUUAAAGAUGCGAAGAUGAAAAUACGAUACCGACAUUGAAACAGCCAGAGCCUGCAAGUGUCAUCCCACGUCUCCCGGUAUAGCUAAGUGCCCUUCCCAGCAGUCCCAGUAUGAUCCAGGGCACCACAGUGAUUCCCAGCGUGGCCCAGAGCCCCAUCCCAAUAUAGCACGCUGCCCUCCCAGUGAUUCCCAGUACACCCCAGUGCCCUGCCAGAGCACACCAGACCCCCCCAGUGGCACUCACAGGCUCCCCCCCAACCCCUGCACAGGGGAGCUUGCGAUAGGGCAGAGCCUCCCUCCCGCACGUUGUACAGUAUGUGCUUGGCAAUAAAAUCUGCAGGGAAGAAAGAGGAAGAGGGGACAUUUGGAGCUAUGGCGUUUGUCCUUCCAAGUCAAGAGUCAGGUGAGAUGGAGCCCUGCUUUCCUGGAGACGGCUGAACACCUGCCUGCCGAUGGGAAGGACUUCCUUACGUUUUGCUUGCGGGCAGCUUUUGCUUUUAACUAUUAAAAUGUCCUUACCGGA